GGCGACAGACACCCUCAAGCCGCCCAGACACCACUUCACCCGCCCAGAUAUCCUCCAGCCGCCCACCCAUUCCCCCCCAGCGACCCAGACACCCUCAAGCCGCCCUGAUAUCCUCCAGCCGCCCAUCCAGCCGCCCACCCCAGCCGGCCAGCUUGGAGAGAAUGGUGGUUGAGGGGAAUUGGUCACCGCGCGUGGUCGUAUUAGCCUGUAUGGUGUGGAGUGUGUGGGGGGGCAGGUGUGCCUUACCCCCGAGUCACCAACACCUUCAGGAGCCACGGUUGAGGGUCGCUGAAGAAGGCGGUGAAGGAGGAAGACGUGGGCCAGGGGUGUCCAGGGUUCAGUCUGGGUAUGGGUCAGGAGUGAGGGUGAGGAGGAAGGCCGCCGACUCGACACAGCUGUGGCCAGACGCGAUCAUCCCGUACACCUUCCUGGCGCCUGAGCCAGAGAAAAAGAUCGUGCUGGAAGGUCUGGCUCACUGGGAGAAACACACCUGCCUGCGGUUCCUAACUGUCAACGAUACUCAUCUGCCGCACCUCCAGUUCCGCAAGCUGUCUGGGUGCCGCAGCGGGGUGGGCAUUGAGGAGACGAGCGGCCAGAACAUCUCAAUAGGCGACAACUGUAACAAGGUAGGGAUCGUGGUACAUGAGGUGGGUCACGCCAUCGGCUUCUACCACGAGAUCCGCCGCCCGGAUCGUGACGACCACGUAGUCGUCAAUGAGAAGAACAUACUUAAAGACGAGCUUUUCAACUUCUAUAAGCUACACUGGCUAGACGUCUCCAUCAAGUACGACCUCUCCUCCGUCAUGCACUACCACACACUAGAGUGGUCAACCAACGAGAGGACGACGGUAGCCACCAAGGACCCGACCCUCCAGGGACUUAUAGGACUGUGGAAGAGAGAGUCCAGCAUGGGUCUGUCUCACAGGGACAAACUCUUAGCUAAUAAGAUCUACGGCUGCCUCGAUGAGUGGUUGGCUAAAUGUAACCUGAACCGCAACCCGUGUGAGAACGAAGGUUACCUGGGACUUGCCUGUACCUGUGUGUGUCCUCCAGGUACCAGCGGCCGCACCUGUCACCUCAUCACUGGCGGAUACUACGAUCACCUGAAGUCACCUUGUAGUCAGGACGUCACCUACCCUACCACCAUCACUUCACCUAAUUACCCCAACAACUACGACCCAGACACCUGGUGCGUGUACCGGGUGGAGGCGCCGGAGUGUCAGGCGCCCGAGGUGGUGGUGGUGGACUUCCAGCUGGGACCAAGAGACCAGAGGGACCAGUGCUUCUACGACUACCUAGAGGUCCGCAACGAGUCUCUGUACGACGGCUUCCUGAAGUGUGGGACAGACGUAGUGACAGGGACGAGGUGGCAAGCUAGGAGCAAUUCCAUGGUGCUUUACUUCAAGGGCUCAGAGGGAGGAUAUCGUGGCUUCAAGGCGGAGGUCAGGUUUACGCCCAUCCCCGGCUGCUGUACUACCCUGUCCAACACCUCCACCUCCGUCGUGUACCUCCAUACUCCAGGUUAUCCUCACCCUUACGACGGCAACUUCCACUGUACCUACGGCCUUCCACUUGAGGCGCCGGCGAAGGUAGUGGUGAAGGUGACGAGGAAAGGCGGUGGCAGCGCAGCAGACCCCUGGACCUGCGCCCUCAGACUCUGUCAGCCACAUGGACGAUGCCGCAGGUACUGCCGGGGAGUAGGGAAGAGGUCGGGGAGGGAGUGGAGGCAGGAGGUGGUGCUGCCCAACGUGGCCUCAGUACACCACCUUCAGUAUAACAAGCGAGUCUCACCCUUCAGAGCCGAGAACGGUGCCUUCCAGGUCUCUCUCACCCUCGAAGAGUCUCCCUGCCACAAGGUGAGUCUUAACUCUCCCUGGAAUACCACCUAACCUAACCUCCCUGGA